GAGUGCAAGGCAAGAAAACAGCAACCCGUGUGGGGGCGUCACCUGACCUUCCUUUCAUUUUCCAAGUAAAAAUCAAGAAGGAAACCCUCACUUUCCGUAGUCUUUCUUGUAUGAAAGAUGAAUUUAGCACUUUUUGGAUGCUUUACUUGUUUUCUGGGAUUGGUUUUGUGAAUAUUUGUAUUGGUUUUUGAUCUAGAGUAAAGAAAUGGCAAAACCCAGAACAGAAAAUGGGGUGUAUAAUACUUUUUCGGAGGGUAAACCAAUAGCAGCGUCCUCAACAUUAACAUCACAGGUUGAUUCUUAUGAUAGGGAGUCCAGGAAUAUGAUUAUGAAUUCGGCCCCAGGUGCGAAUAGUUCAGAUCUAACCCUUCAAAUACCUCCAAGGCCUGGGGGUUUUGGGAGCAGCCGUAGGGGCAAAGGUUUACUCCAGUUUCCAAGUGUCUUAAAUGGAAAUUAUUCAAUUGGAGGCUUUCUUCGGGGUCUAAGCUAUAAGAAAAGGGUCACUGCAACAGAUGGCGAAAGACGCCCUCUCCUUAGUUCAGAAAGCCCAGUUUUUGCCAAUCCCAUGCCAAACAUUAAUUGGAAAAGGCGUACUUCCCUUCCUGUCACUCGUGCAACGAUCCUGUCACCUCCAGUUAUUACGCCUACAUCUGCAAGGACUCUUAGCGAAAGACAAAAGUCUUUGGUACGUACUUCGCAAACUACUGUUUUGAGGUCCCUCUCGGUGCUUGGGAGGAAUCUCGUUAUUGUAAGGUCAUCAUCUUUUGCUGCUCGUGAAAAUCCUGCUCCAGAUGCUGAUAGCGGUCAAAUAACACCUGAUCCUGCCCAUAAGGAUCAAGAGAUUCCUCAAGAAGAAGCUUCCUGCAGGAUCUGUUUCGAUACCUGUAAAGAAAGAAAUACACUCAAGAUGGAAUGCUGCUGUAAAGGUGCACUCCAACUCGUACAUGAAGAUUGUGCAAUCAGAUGGUUUAGCGAUAAAGGAGACAGAGUAUGUGAUGUAUGUCGAAAAGAAGUUUCAAAUUUACCGGAGACUUUGCUUCGGGUGCCAAAUGAUACUCAAAGAAAUAUAAGGUACCAGAAUCGACAAGGUUUGAAUGCGACGAGCAGAUGGCAAGAUAUUGUGGUUCUCUUCUUGAUAAGCACAUUUUGCUAUUUCUUCUUCCUUGAGCAGCUACUGAUUGGCGAGAUGAAAAAUCAGGCACUUAUCAUUGCUGCCCCAUUCUCUUUUGCCAUAGGUCUUACAGCCUCUAUUUUUGCAGUUAUCUUAGCAAUUAAAGAGCACAUAUGGAUUUAUGCAGCUCUUGAGUUUGCACUUGUGGCCCUGACUCUCCAUCUUUUCUAUUCAAUGCUUCAUAUACCCCCUGUUUAUGCGAUCCUGCUAUCAUCUGUCUUGGGAUUUGGAGUGGCUAUGAGUCUCAACUUUUUGUACAUUCGUUACUUUUCCUGGCGGGUUCAAGUUGCUGAAAACUCUAACCUGGUAUAAUUGUAUACCAGAGAGAUAUGAGAUUGGUCGGAUAUGAACCAGUAGCAGGAAGUAUUAGUUGCUUAACUGCAAAGAUACAGGAUCUGGGAUGCAUAUUUAACAAGCUUUGUGUAAUGUCAAUUUUUUAAAAUCAUCCAAGGGCCAGUAGAAGUUCAAAUCGAUUCAUUGAUGAGGAGUUUAUGACUGUUUUGUUUAUGGUGAACGUUGUCAAUUUUAUGCCCCGCAAGCAUAUGAGUCGUAACAAGUAGUUUAAUGGACCUUUAAGUCCGGAUUAUCUUCCCCACGAUGACUAUACUUUAAUGUCUAAUUUAAUAUUUUUAAAUACUAUUUGGCAAAAGUAAACAAA